GUUCAUAUUUCGUACAAGCCUAUGUCUGGACAUGUUAAAGAUUACAGAUGGAGAUAUGGAGAUACAAAGAAUUGACAAGGAAGAAUCUAUGAGAUCUGGUUCAAUGGAAUUACCGUGAACCAGCACUGCCGGCCACCCACCAAGCAAGCACAAACAAAUAUCCUCUAUUUACUGUCACAUAAAAUCGAAACUACUUUUGCUUCAGAACGCGUUUUGAAAGACAAGAAUCAUGCUCUCAUUUGCUCGUCAUGCUGUUGCUCGCGCACCGCGUCGCGCUUUCUCUACAACUUCGACGCGUGCAUACGAUGUCUCCAAGCUCAUUCUCAUUGGGCGAUUAGGCAAAGACCCUGAAGUUCGUACCACCAAGAGCGACAGAGAAUAUGUCUCCUAUGCCGUUGCAACCACCAACUACCCCCCUCCGCCUCCUAACCCGGAUGGCAGCCGUCAAGAGGCUGGAACGACAUGGCACAAUAUCGUUUGCUUCAAUCCCAGUCAGACCAACUACUUGCGCACUCUCCAGAAAGGGGCCCAAGUAUACGUCGAGGCGAACUUUGAGCUUCGUGAAGCAGACCCAAGCGCAGACUCAUCUUCACCACAUGCCCAAAGACAAAUAUUCCUCAGACACGAAAGCAUCCGAGUUAUCAGGCCGCCCCCCUCGCACAACGAGAGCCACGAGUAGAUAAUACAUGCGUGUCAUUCUAUGACCAUCAUAGCUGCCUGUCUUUGUCUUAUUGGUAUAACUAUUACACACCACCGCUCACCCGACUCGAUAAUAUGA